GUCACCACACUUUGUGGUCACGAGACGCGUUCACUUCCGGUGUUGUCGUACGUGGAGAAAUUAGUGACAAAAGUACCUUCCUUCUGCCGGUGCACACCUACUCCUGCUAGCCUUAUCCACGAAAAUGGCUCUAAGCGACCAGGAUGUUCAGCGGCAGAUUAAGCAUAUGAUGGCCUUCAUUGAGCAGGAGGCCAAUGAAAAAGCAGAGGAAAUUGAUGCGAAGGCAGAAGAAGAGUUUAACAUAGAAAAGGGUCGUCUGGUGCAACAGCAGCGUGUAAAAAUCAUGGAGUUCUAUGAACGAAAAGAAAAGCAAGUGGAGCUUCAAAAGAAGAUUCAAAGUUCCAAUCUGUUGAAUCAGGCUCGUCUGAAAACUCUAAAAGCACGUGACGACCAUAUCAAGAUUAUAGUUGAAGAGGCAAGAAAGCGCCUCACAAAAGUGACAGAUGACAAGCAGCAGUAUAAAAAUGUCCUUACUGGGUUGAUUGCACAGUGUCUAUACCAAUUGUUGGAGCCUAAUGUAACACUGCGGUGUCGUGCCAAAGAUGUAGACCUGGUUAAGGUAAGAGAUUUGCCUUCAUCUGAAUUUGCUAAGGCAACAAAAGGAACAAAAGAAGUAAAGGUCACCCUGGACACAGAAAACUAUCUGGGUGAUGACAUAUCAGGUGGUGUUGUUUGUUCAAGUCGCAGUGAGAAAAUUACAGUUUACAACACCUUGGACAGCCGGCUAGAUCUCAUUUGCCAGCAGAUGCUGCCUGAGCUGAGAGACAUUCUUUUUGGCCACAACCCCAACCGGCGUUUUAUGGACUAAGAACUGUUGGUAGUCUGCUGAUGAUUAUGUCUAAGCCAGUCACUUCCAGUUUAAAUGAUUCUACAAGCAUGAAAUAUAUGAUCCAGACUAGGACCACUAUGUUUACAUUAGGUUACCGUGAGAGCCUAUCAAGCAUUGUUGUAAUUUAGGAUACCCAAGGCAGAGGUCAAGAGAGGACAUAGCUAUUCCUGUAAAUUGGAAUAAUCAAAAGGGAGGAAAGGUCAGUUGCUUUGUGCAAGUAAAGCUAAUACCAGAUGAUGUGCUGACAGCAAUCACGGUUGAUAGUUGUGAGAGCAUCAAAGUAAUUGAUAUGGAUAUGGGGUAUUUUGUUUGUGCAUGUAUAAAAAUAUAUGUUGAUAUUUUAAGAGUACUUACAAACAUUUGUACAAGGUUAAUUGCAACAUUUUUUUAGGUGGUUUAUCAUUGAGAAGAUUGAAUAUGUCUUUAUCUUGACAUGUCCUCUUCUUAUUUAUCUCAUUGUCAAAAGACAUGAGUUACUAGUAACUUAACUAUAAUUUAGUAAUAAGAAAAACUGUAAAUGUCAACAGAAAUUCUUUUUCACUCUAGGUCCAAAAUAGGUCAAAAACUAUAUUAAUAAUUUACUUGCUGGCAAGUCUGGUGAUAAACUAGAUCCAAGACCAGAUCCAUUCCUUUUUUGUGAUGUUCAUAAGGUUCAUGUGUGUGUGUUUGCAGUUAAAAAGUUGCAAUGUUGCCAAAGAUAAAAAACCUAACACUAUGUAGAUUUUAUCUUGUGCGUAGUAAAUACUGAGCAAGGAAGUAAUUAGUCUUGUUUUUUUCCUUUCUUACUGUGGUGGAGUAUUGUUUUUCAGGAUAAUAUUUACCAUGAAGAAUUGUAAUUUACAUAAAAAUAUGACUUCACGAAGGUUCCAUACAUUGAAAUCGCAAUCUUUCUUUUAAGUAAGCUAAAACAAGGUAAACAGCAGAUGCAAAUAUCUAGCAACUGAAAACCAGAUUAUUAAAAUAUUUACGUGAUUUUCGACAAAAAUUUUCUUUAGAUUUUCUUUAUCUUGUGCUUCUCUUCAUUGAUAGUGCAUGGUGUAUGUCUAAUACAUUUGUAGUUAAUUUUCUCAUGGAUGGGAAAGAAUGAUACUUAAUCUGUUGACUACUAUUCUCUUCCAUUGUUGCUUCAAACCUACCCUAGUUUCCUGUGUAAAAGAUUUCCCCAAAUGUAAUCUGUUAAUAUUUGUCUGCAUGUGUGUGUGUGUGCCUGGAUUGUAUACGCAUAUUAUAUCACAAAACCUGACCUGUGACACAGGUUUGUGGGUUUUGCUUCAUCACCAUGGCUGUGAUUCUAAAUAACUAGGAUUCUGAGUAUUUGUACUUCUUGAAUUGUGUAACCAGCAGUCUUCUUUUUUUUUUUUUAACAUAAAGAUUUUCCGACUAACAUAUAUCAUUUAGAGCUGACAUUCUAUUUUUCUUAUGUAAGCAGAAUAUGUAGGGUAGGUUUUAGAUAAAUUAUGUAAAACCUUUCGUACAAGAAACCUUUUUACUGGGUGGGCACUAAAUGCAAAUAUUUAAUAGCUGCAAACAGCGUGCAUGAUUUUGCAUUAUUUUCUCUUGUAACAAUCUUCCAAGAGCUAGUCAGGAGUAUAAAUCAUUUACAUGCAGGAGUUUAUCUCGUAUAUAUAUAUUUAAAGAGGAUCUUGACGGUUUUAAAUCAAGCCGCAUUCUCCCCCUUACUCCCUAGAAUAAAAUGUGCCAUCAAAUAAAUCGACAUGAAGGAAAUUCAAUCUAGAGACAUCGCCUACUUCUUUAGCCAUUUAAAAGGAAAGUCCAUCUUAACUUUGACAUUUUGCUUGAUUUCUAUAAAAGAUAUAUGUAUUCCAUAAACUCUGAUGACAGUUUGCAAGAGUGUAUCCAUGAAGAAUGUACAGAAGUGUCCAGCUAUGCCAGUUAAUGAAAUUUGACAGUGUUUACAGAAUGCAUUUGAGAGCAAUUGUAACAAGUGGUAUUUUCUAUUAGUACACGCAAGCAUUUUCUUAAAUAAUAUUUAUGAUGUAGGUUUUUUUUCUUGCAAAUAUGGUAUGUCCUGUUGUACUCAGAAUAUACAUGUUGUUCAUUUCUGCAGUGUAUUCAAGGCCAAUGAAAAAUAAACUCUUUUAGCUAGUAAAA